GAUGCGCGCUCACCUGUCCGGUAUAUGUUAUGUGAAAGGUGAGGAAGGUCGUUACUUGUUUGCUGCUGCUAGAACCGGAACUGUACAGAGACAAAAUGAGCAGUAACAAAGGGUUGCAGGCAAUAAGCCACCCAAAUCAGUUGCCAGCCACACCCAGUAUGACCAAGAGGCUGCAAAUCCAGCAGAGGAAUACAUUUAGAAGCCCAACAGAUAAUCUAAUAUCACCAUGUUCUCUGAGGCUACGCAAAGCAAAGAUUAAAGCUGCAGUGAGUGACCAAGACUCUAAUGGCAAAAAGAUGCCAAAGUGUGAUGAAAAAGAAAAUGCAUUAUCCUGAGGAUGCCAGAUGUUGCCUACUUAAUGCAGCAUGACACACUUGUAUUUAAUAAUGACUUAUUUCCCGCUAAAAAAUGGUAACCUAAGCUAAUAUUUAUACUGUCAUAUAUGGAAAUGUAAAUUCAAUUCUGUGUAACAAAUUGGUUUUAUAUUUGUAAUAUAAAUAAAACACUAUGGCUGCUUUGCCUA